ACGUGCAGUGCGAUGUGUCUCUCUGGUAACGCGCACCUGCUAGAGCAGCACGCGGCGUGUCACUGUGACAGCUGUGACGGUAAACCCUAAAACUUUCACCACACCACAUAAACUUAACUUGUCGAACUCGCUGAAUCACUGAGUUAAACUUAGCCUCUGGUCUAAAAACAAAGUUCAAAUUCCCGGAGGUGAUCAUGUCUACGAAAGAGGUAGAGAAAACAGCUGAUGAGAGCGCUGAUGAGGAGACGGACUGGCUUUAUGGAGAUGACAAUUUUGAGGAAGAGGAGACAACUGAGAAGGAAGUUUUCAGUGCUCUGAUUGGGGAUGUGGAUGGUGUCAAUGGAGUGUGUUACCAGGACAGUGACUCAGACAGUGACGACGAUGUCUGUGUGACCAUUGGUGACAUUAAAACAGGCGCAUCUCAGGGCUCGUCAUUUGGUUCCGGGUCCAUCAAUCUGAACCUAAAAUCCUCUGCAUCAGGCUCCAAGUCCAGAGGGCUGGAUGCUGAAGGCGCUGUCCUGCAGGUGGAUGUGGAGUCAUUUGAGGAGAAGCCGUGGAGGAAACCAGGUGCGGAUCUGUCUGACUACUUUAACUACGGUUUUAAUGAGGACUCCUGGAAAGUGUACUGUGACAAACAGAGACGACUGCGCAUGAGCCUAGAAAUCCUGAGCCUGGGGUCAUCCAACAAGAUAACGGUGCAUCAGAGCUCUCAUGAUUUGUCAGAAUAUUCAUCCAGGAAGUCGAGCGGCUUGAUCAAUGUUAUCGGUGGACAUUCAGGGACCAUCAGUCGAGUGGAAGGCAGAAGACGUCACGGUGCUGAUGAAAAUAACAUCCAGGUUGUGUCAGAGAAAUCCGCGGACACUGAGUUAUCUUCCCCAAAGCUGUUGCCCUUCUUUCCUCCAAAUAUCCCACCUCCACCUUUCCCUCCUCCCUCCAUCAGCACCACACCCCCCCUCAUACCCCCACCACCACCCGGUUUCCCAUUACCUCCAGGGGCCCUUCCACCUAUGAUACCAACAUUAGAUAGCAGUGGACGUUUGGCGGGCGGUUAUGAUCGGCGUUCAGCUCCUCCUUUCCCCUUCCCUACAGGUGUAUACUCUCCUGCAAUGAGAGUGGCUUCCUGGCCGAGUGUGAUAGACAGCAGCAAGUCAUGGGAAAACUACAGCCGUCAUAACAAAGAAAGAAUGAGAGAGAAAACCAGAGAAAGAGGACACAAGAAAGAGCGAGAGCGGGAGAGAGAGCGAGAACGAUACAAAGAAACAGAUCGAGAGCACAGUCCCACCUCCCAAGACCACAGAAGUGAGGAGGAGCGUACGUCUCGACACAGAGAUCACAGUCAUUAUGGGAGCGAGAGAUACAGAGAAAGCUCUGGAAGAGAAGGACCAAGAGAUAGACAUCGAGAAAGAAGACACCGAGAACAAAAUGAACACCGAUCCUCACGCAGUAGCAGCAGUAGGAGGCGUCAUGAUAGUGAUGACGCAGAAAGCCACAGGAGACACCGACACAAACGCUCCAGACACAGCAGAGGAAACCUCGAGCCCAGCGAGGAGUGCAGCGCCGACCAGGAGAACCAGUCGGAGGCCACUGAAUGAGUCCCUGGCCAGCUGGUGAGACCCUUUGUUGACCAAUAGGUGGUCUGUAGUGAAAGAUCAUUAGUCAGUGACCAACUGUGAAUAGAUUUUGAUUAAUCAUAUGCCAAAACCCUUAAUAAGAUGAGACAAUUUAUGUUAUUGUUUUAGCAUUAAUUUUCUUGAAAGUAUUAUUCCUGAAUAAAAAGCAGUCUGAAGGGUACACUA